AAUGCGUUUGGUUCUUAUAUGAUUAUCACACAUCUCAACUUAGGCAUAUUAUUAACACGGAUUUGGAGAAGCAUGGUCGACGUGAGGAUAGCAGGUGCUCGCUCAUCAACGAAACCUAAUGUUUCUGCCGAAAUCAGUAAUCUAGUAACACCAGGAGAUGUGAUAACUGCAGACACCGGUUUCAUGCGUGGACAUGGAACUUACAUGGAAGAUGAGAAACUGUACGCUUCAGUGGCGGGAGUAGUGGAGAGAGUCAAUAAACUCAUUUGUGUCAAACCUUUAAAAACAAGGUACAAUGGUGAAAUUGGAGAUGUGGUAAUUGGUCGGAUUCUGGAAGUCGGGACUCGUCGUUGGAAGGUGGACACUCAUGCCAAAUUGGACUCUGUCCUGAUGUUGUCCUCUGUUAAUCUUCCAGGGGGUGAAUUGAGAAGGCGAUCAGAAGAAGACGAAAAGAUGAUGAGACAUUACCUCAAAGAAGGAGAUUUAAUCAGUGCAGAGGUGCAGUCACUGUUCUCUGAUGGGGCAUUGUCUCUUCACACAAGGAGUCUCAAGUAUGGAAAGUUAUCACAAGGUCAGUUGGUUUCAAUAUCGCCGUCACUGAUCAAGCGACGAAAGACCCACUUCCACAAUCUGCCGUGUGGAGCCAGUAUAAUUCUGGGUAACAACGGGUACGUUUGGAUCUGUCCUACCAUCAACGAGGAAGUAGAGCAGACAGGCGGAUACGAACAGAACCUUGAACCGAUUCAGAAGUCUGAUAGAGAAGUAAUAGCCAGGCUACGGAACUGUGUACUGGCGUUGGCGGAACACAAGAUGAUGUUGUACGAUACUAGUGUCCUCUACACAUUCGAGGCCUCUCUCCGAUACUCGGUGAAAGAGACUGUGAAGCCGGAAGUAAUGGCAGAUAUCAUAGAGGUGGCCCAGCAGCGACUAGAGAGGGAGGGCACAUGACCCCAGUCAUACAAUCACCAACCGCCGCCAUGUAAACACACCUGUGCAGUAUCUAUUGUUGGCUGCAUAAGGACCUUAACUUAUGUGGUUUGGUUGUAUUGUUGUGAGCCUUAAUAGGGUACAAAAUAUUGGCAACCCAUAUGAUCAGUUCCAACAAGUGUCAUAGGAUAGCAGGAGGUCAUAUAUACUGUAAACCACUUUGUUUCCACAGUUACUGCAAGAAUCUGUAUGUGUUCCAAAAAAUUUGGAUGAGAAACUCAAAUUGUUUCACAUUAACUGAUGAGCAAGAAUCUGAAUGUGCUUCACAUAACUGGUAAACAAAAAUCUGAAUGUGCUUCACAUAAGAGGUAAACAAGAAUCUGAAUGUGCUUCACAUAACAGGUAAACAAGAAUCUGAAUGUGCUUCACAUAACUGGUAAACAAGAACCUGAAUGUGAAGUGUACUUCACAUAGCUUGUGUAUGAAAAUCUACCAUGAAUGUUCUUCACAUGACUGGUGUGCAAGAAUAUGUUAUGCUCUCCACAAAAUUGAUGUGUGGGGACCUGAAUUUGCUUCACAUAAACUGAUGUGCAAUAAUCUGACUGGGAUUCACAUAUUGGUUACUUAUAUGUGAGAAUCUGACCGUGUUUCACAAACCGGUAACUUAUGUCUGAGAAUCUGAAUCCAUGUCAGAAUCUGUGUACUUCACAUUAACUGAUGUCCGAGAAUCCAAAUUUGCAACUCUUCUCUAUCAACUUGGCCAUGUAGAAGGAAAUUGGAAUGAUUUAUCGUUUUCUCUUAGGAGGAAUGUCAGUAAUCUUGAAAUUACCAAGAUGAAUUUACUUUCUAAUCAUUGAGGACCUAUUUAUCCAUUUACAUUACUGUUGUGCUUUUAUUUGACAUUUCUAUUUUGACUUGCAUUUACCGUGUCAAGCUGACAGUGUACGUCAGUAAUUCAACUACACAUUACAUGUAUAUAAAAUUACAUAUAGAAGAAAUACCAUAAUAAACAAGAGGCCCAUGGGCCUCAAAGGUCACCCAAGUUCUGAUACAGAGAGUUGA